CCUCUCCCUACCCCAACCCGACAACCCGAUCAAAUACCGCCAAAAUGCCCGGUGUAGGAGUCAAGGACAUCGAGUCCCACAAGUUCGUCCAAGCCUACGCGGCUUUCUUGAAGCGCCAGGGAAAGCUUCCCAUUCCUAGCUGGGUUGACACUGUCAAGACAAGCCACUCCAAUGAGCUCCCUCCCCAGGACAUCGACUGGUUCUACGUCCGCGCCGCUGCCGUCGCCCGCCACGUCUACAUGCGCAAGACUGUCGGUGUAGGCCGUCUCCGCAAGGUCCACGGAUCCACCAAGAACCGCGGCUCGCGCCCCUCCCACCACGUUGACGCCUCCGGCUCCGUCGACCGCAAGGUCAUGCAGGCUCUUGAGAAGAUUGGUGUCCUUGAGCAGGACGAGGACAAGGGUGGCCGCCGCAUCACACAAUCCGGCCAGCGUGAUUUGGACCGUAUCGCCCAGACCACCCUCGAGGCUGAGGAGGAGGAUGAAGAGUAAAUGUUUCCAUAAUGCAUGUGGCAGGGAUGCGACAAAAGCACUGUCUAGCAUUUGAUUGCGGGACGGUUACGGAUCUACACGGUUUACGGCUUAUGGCGUUGAAGACAUGACUUCGCUGGGCCUGCAUUUAGCCUAGGAUAUCCAAUGACACUGGGCUUGGGCCUUAAAAGCAAGAUGAUACCCCUCUACCUCGACGACUGUGUGCAAUAUUUUUACUAUCGUGACUUUGCUCUAUUGACGAUGUUAGCUAAUUGACAUUCGUACACAUGA